AUGCCGUUCGGAGAGGCGGGGACUGAGAAGCUCAACCUAAACUACGACGAUCUGUGGAGCGGAGGGCCAUUCCAGGUUGAUGAAUAUCGAGGUGGGAACCCAAAUUCAAGUAUGGUGGGCAUCUUGAACGAUAUCCGCUCUGAGAUCUGGCAGAAGGGAACUGGAAAUGAUAGCCGACUACAUGGGGAUGAGAACGGUUAUGGCUCUUACCACUCAUUAGCUAACCUCACUGUCCAUAUUGAGGCCAUAUCCGGGGUGGCUGGAUACAAUCGAUCCUUGGAUCUCAACAACGGGAUACAUACAACCACUUACUCAACGGCGGACGGGACAUAUACUACUUCGACUUAUUGCAGCUACCCGCACCAAGUCUGUGUCUAUCACCUUACUUCUCCCGUCACGCUGUCGAACGUCUCAAUCUGGUUUGAUGAGCUCGUGGAAUCCAAAUCACUAUAUAACACAACCUGUGGACCCUCCUUUGCUCGCCUGCGUGGCAUUACCCAAGAAGGACCACCACUUGGGAUGCUGUAUGAUACCAUCGCACAAAGCUCCCUCCCAGGUACCUGUGAUAGCUCGACAGGCCGUCUGCAAAUUAGUUCGUCGGGUAGCAAAAUUUUAACACUUGUCAUUGCGGCUGGUACAGACUUCGACGCUACCAAAGGCAAUGCAGCCAAUGGAUUCACUUUCCGAGGCGAGGAUCCUGCGACCCAAGUUCAAAAACUCUCUAGCACUGCUUCUAAACUGUCAGAGUCGAAGCUCCGAGCUGCGCAUGUGGCCGACUAUAGUCCGUUGACAAACGCUUUCAUCCUGGACUUGCCGGACCGUCAAGGCUCGUCCGGAGUGGAGUUCUCAGAACUUAUUACAAGAUAUAGCGCAGAUUCAUCCACGAGCGAUCCGUUUUUGGAGAAACUGAUGUUUGAUUAUGGAAGGCAUUUGUUCAUCUCGUCCUCACGACAGAAUAGUCUACCGCCUAAUCUGCAGGGAAUCUGGAGCUCAGCACAGAGCGCGGCUUGGGGUGCUGACUACCAUGCCAACAUUAACCUGCAAAUGAAUAUGUGGGGUGCGGAAGCUACUGGGCUGGGAGACCUAACUGUAUCUCUUUUCAAUUAUAUGGAGCAAACAUGGAUGCCUCGAGGGGCAGAAACCGCCCAGCUGCUUUACGGAGGGGACGGCUGGGUAACGCACGACGAGAUGAAUAUCUUUGGUCAUACGGGAAUGAAAACGUGGCAGACUUCUGCAGACUAUCCAGCGGCACCGGCAUGGAUGAUGCAGCAUGUCUGGGAUCACUACGACUACUCCCGCGACAGCGAAUGGCUCCGUAAACAAGGCUGGCCGAUGUUGAAAGGUGUUGCGGAGUUUUGGCUGUCCCAGUUACAAUCUGACCAAUUCACGAACGAUGGCUCUCUCGUUGUCAAUCCAUGUACAUCCCCAGAGCAUGGCCCCGUCACAUUUGGCUGCGCCCACUGGCAACAAUUGAUAUACCAAGUCUUCGAGACCAGUCUGCAGGUUGGAAGAGUGGCACAAGAUAACAAUCAAACGUUCUUCGCCGAGGUGGAAAGCAAGCUAGCGAAGCUCGACAAGGGUCUUCAUAUUGGCUCUUGGGGAGAGAUCAAGGAAUGGAAGAUACCCGAUAGCUACGGCUACGAUGUCAAAGGUGACGAGCACCGCCAUUUAUCUCACCUGGUGGGCUGGUAUCCUGGAUGGUCUGUCUCAUCGUAUCAGAAUGGAUAUACCGAUGCUACCAUCCAAGAGGCCGUCAAUACCUCCCUCACCAGUCGCGGACCUGGAAUUUCAGACUCCAAUGCUGGAUGGGAAAAGGUCUGGCGAUCUGCGUGCUGGGCCCGUCUGAACAAUACAGAGGAAUCAUACUACGAACUUCGUCUGACAAUUGAUCAGAAUAUCGGACAGAGUGGCCUAUCACUAUACAGCGGUGGAGAUACCCCCGCCGGACCGUUCCAGAUCGAUGCCAAUUUUGGAUAUGUUGGUGCUGUGCUCAGCAUGCUCGUCGUUGACAUGCCUCUGGAUAGCUCGAGCUCCGAUUCUACUCGGCGCACUGUUGUUCUUGGACCAGCUAUUCCUCCGGCGUGGGCAGGUGGCAGUGUUCAAGGCCUUCGUCUACGGGGUGGUGGAAGUGUAGACUUUUCUUGGGACGAUAACGGUGUGGUUGACAAGGUACAGGCCAAGGGACUUGCGAAGAACGUUCAUGUUGUGAAUGUCAAGGGGAAGCUUCUAGUAUAA